UUUAUCUGCUCUGCGCGCUGUACGCACGGGAACGAGUCGUUGUCCCGUUGUUGAAAAAAAAAAUAUAUUAAAUCGACUACAGUUGAUUUUGUGUUGGCGCAGUAACAUAACAACCGCCGUCCGGUUCAGAUCUUCGAAUUUUCCGUUUUUGAUUCUGUCGUGGACCACGUGUACUAGCCACUAGGCUACGCGGAGUCGGCGGACAGCAGUUGUACUCGGAUAUAUUAUUAUAACACUGCAGGUAAAUAGGUAAAAAGUGCACAGUCGUGUUGGACAGAAUAUUGUAUACAUCGUAUUUCACUUUAGCUGCAAGCGGCGGCCGCCACAUGACUCUUCAUCAUUUCCGGACUUCCUGUCCGGUCGUCGUGGUUGUCUUGCUACUGGCCCUGCUCUUCCCACCGCUGACGGUUGGGUCUUCCGGUAAGUGCCGGUUGGUCAGUUCUCUCCGCGACGAGAUCGCCAGCUAUCGUCCCGUUGUGGACCGCGUGCUCUCGUACGUCCAAGAUCAGAACGGUUACAAGGGCAGGACAUGGGAAGCCCUAUCCGAGUUCACAGAUACGUUCGGCUCAAGGUUGGCCGGCACGCCAAACCUCGAGAACUCCAUUGACUACAUGAUGAACACACUGAGGGCCGAAAACUUGGACAAUGUGCACGCCGAACGCGUCAAGUUCACGGGAUGGCAAAGACGUAAAGAAAACGCUGCGUUGGUGAGACCGAGGUUCAAGAACUUGGCUAUGUUGGGGCUGGGCGGCAGUGUCAGCACGGUUCCCGAAGGCAUCAGGGCUGAAGUAGUGGUGGUCACCUCGUUCGAAGACCUCUCCAAUAAAUCUUCACUGGUGAGCGGAAAAAUUGUCGUGUACAAUCAACCAUACGUGUCGUACUCAGAAACUGUGGUAUACAGGGCGUCGGGAGCGAGUGAGGCGUCCAAGUACGGUGCGGUGGCCACAUUGAUCCGAUCCAUCACUCCGUUCUCGUUGAACACACCUCACGCCGGCCAUCAGAGUUACAGCGACGGCGUAAAAAAGAUACCGACGGCCUGCAUCACGGUCGAGGACGCCGAACUCUUAAACAGGAUGUACAACCGAGGCAUCAAAUUGGAGAUUUUUUUGAAAAUGGAUUCAAAAUUCUUUAACAACGCUACAUCCAGAAACACUGUUGCCGAAAUCCAAGGCACAACAGAUCCCGACAAAAUAGUGCUGGUGUCCGGGCACCUGGACAGUUGGGAUGUGGGGCAAGGUGCUAUGGACGACGGUGGAGGUGCGUUUAUUAGCUGGAAUAGUCUUGUCGUACUGAAGAAUCUCGGACUUCGACCAAAGAGAACGAUAAGAUGUUUAUUGUGGACAGCUGAAGAAGAAGGAUAUAUAGGGGCCUAUGCGUACUUAAAAGGACAUAAAUCAGAACUAAAUAAAUUUAAUUUGGUCAUUGAAUCGGACGAAGGGACGUUUCAACCGUAUGGAAUUGAGUUUCAUGGUUCUGAAACAUCAGCGUGCAUUAUGGUCGAAGUGGCCAAGUUGUUUGACUCCAUCAAUGCGACUUCCAUGAAAUCCAGCAAAGACAACGUUGGUUCGGACAUCGAGGUAUUUGAAGAUCUUAAUAUACCCGGUUUGAGUUUGUUGAAUAGAAACGAAAAAUACUUUUGGUACCACCAUACAGAGGCCGAUACUAUGGCAGUCGAGGAUCCAGAUUCGUUAGACUUAAACACUGCAAUGUUUGCGGUUAUAUCAUACAUCAUUGCUGAUUUAUCUGUAGAAUUACCAAAAUCAUAAGCUUCAUAAUAUUGGGUUGGCAUGCCCGACGUUUGUGAAAUUAAUACCGUUUUCGGCGUUUUCUACGAAUAGGUUAAAGCUUAGUCAAUGUUAUGUUUAAAUCAUGUUAUCUAUUAGGCAUGUAUUAUCAUACAUGUGAUAAUGUACGUGUUGGACUUAAAUUAAAGUUUUUUAACAUAUACUUUUUCAUUGCGUUUAAUAAAUAUAUUUUUAAAUUUU